CACACACACUCAGUCUCUAUCUUCUCUUCCUGCACAUCACGCACGGAGAAGAGAAAGUUUCCUGAUGGCCCUCGUCAUGGAACCUGUGAGCAAAUGGAGCCCCAGUCAGGUGGUGGACUGGAUGAAAGGACUGGAUGACUGUCUGCAGCAAUACAUUAAGAACUUUGAGCGAGAGAAGGUUGGAGGUGAUCAGCUGCUCCGUAUCACACAUCAGGAGCUGGAGGAUCUGGGUGUGUCACGCAUCGGUCACCAGGAGCUGAUCCUUGAGGCUGUGGACCUGCUGUGUGCUCUGAAUUAUGGAUUAGAGACGGAGAACUUGAAAACAUUGUCUCACAAACUAAACGCUUCGGCGAAGAACCUGCAGAACUUCAUCACGGGCCGCAGACGCAGUGGCCAUUACGACGGGAGAACCACGCGCAAACUCCCCAACGACUUCCUCACGUCCGUGGUGGACCUGAUUGCUGCAGCUAAGAGUCUGCUGGCCUGGCUGGAUAGGUGCUACUUCUUUUUCAGGUCUCCUUUCGCUGCAGUAACGGAUUAUUCAGUGACAAGGAACAACGUGAUCCAGCUGUGUCUCGAACUCACCACCAUCGUACAGCAGGACUGCACUGUUUAUGAGACGGAGAAUAAAAUCCUGCAUGUGUGCAAGACUCUUUCUGGAGUGUGUGAUCACAUCAUCUCUCUAUCUUCGGACCCUCUGGUGUCUCAGUCGGCUCAUCUCGAGGUGGUCCAGCUGGCCAACAUCAAGCCCAGUGAGGGACUGGGCAUGUACAUCAAAUCCACAUACGACGGGCUGCACGUCAUCACCGGAACAACCGAGGGUUCCCCAGCAGAUCGCUGUAAGAAGAUCCAUGCAGGUGAUGAGGUGAUCCAGGUGAACCAUCAGACAGUGGUGGGCUGGCAGUUGAAAAACUUGGUAAACUCCCUGCGCGGGGACCCUGGAGGGGUGACACUGACACUGAAAAAGCGCCCUCAGAGCACGCUUACCUCUGCCCCGGCCCUGCUAAAGAACAUGAGGUGGAAGCCCCUGGCCCUUCAGCCUGUCGCUCCUAAGAGCCCAACUAGCAGCUCGGCCACGCCCACCAGCACCAUCAGCACGCCCACCAAACGAGACAGCUCCGCCCUUCAUGACCUGUACAUCCCGCCCCCUCCACCUGAGCCCUACACACCCAGGGAUGAGCAGGGGACUCUCCCCAGUGAUGACCGAGGUCAGGGAUUUCCUGCAGCCAAAGGCUCAGAGUCUCCAAACUCCUUCCUGGAUCAGGAAUAUCGUUGUCACUUCCCUCUGAUGGAGGAUGAAGCUGUGCUUUACUGCUACGAGUACGAGCCAGGCCGCGGAGCUCCGCCCUCUCGCAGAGACGCCACGCCCACUUAUGGUCGUUUAAGGCCUAUCUCCAUGCCUGUGGAGUAUAACUGGGUCCCAGACUAUGAAGAUCCGGCCAGAAUAAAAAGAGAAGGCAGGAGAGAUAACUCGAUGCUGCGGUACGUUAAUGAAGAGAAGGUUCCAGAAGAAUAUCUGACCGGACGCAGUGCGAAACGUGACACAGGCAAACGGGCGAAAAAGAAGAGCGACAAGAGUGGUAGCCCCUCCCACUACGGCCUGCUCCCCGCCCUGCAAAUGGAGGUCCUGCGGCAGGAGUCCAUGUCCACCCCGAGCUCGGACUCCUCCACUCUGUACCACACAUUCCAGGGAUCUUCCCUGCUCUCGAAGACCAAGAAGAAAAACAAAGGUGCACCCCUGUCCUCCAUUAGCAAGAGGAGAAUCUCAUGUAAGGACCUGGGUCGAGGAGACUGUGAAGGCUGGCUCUGGAAGAAGAAGGAUGCCAAAAGUUACUUUAGCCAAAAAUGGAAGAAGUACUGGUUUGUCCUGAAGGAUGCUUGCCUCUACUGGUACAUGAACGAAGAGGAUGAAAAGGCUGAAGGGUUCGUCAGUCUCCCGGAGUUCAAGAUCGACCGCGCCAGCGAGUGCCGAAAGAAGUAUGCUUUUAAAGCGUGUCACCCCAAAAUCAAGAGCUUCUACUUUGCGGCUGACGGAGUGGACGACAUGAACAGGUGGCUGAGUCGUCUAAACAUGGCUGCGGCCGGCUACGCUGAGAGAGAGAAGAUCCGUCAGGAGCAAGCUGAUUACUGGAGUGAAAGUGAACAUGAGGACAAUGAAACCCCGUCUACGCCGAAGCAGGACAGCCCACCGCCACCGUACGACACUUAUCCCCGCCCCCCUUCAAUGACUUGCGCGAGUCCGUACCCGGGGCCUAAACACGGCCGGCUGUCGUCCACUGAAACCUCGCACUCACGCUCGUCCCAUGAGGAGUAUCGCUCUGAUCCCCCAGGUGGAGGUGGCAGCAGUAGCGGUGGCGGAUCUCCGGCUCGGAAGUCGGCGAGUCAGCGGCGAUCGUGGCAAGACCUGAUCGAGACGCCGCUCACCAGCUCGGGCCUGCACUAUCUGCAGACGUUGCCACUGGAGGACGCCGUGUUUGCCGAGCCGGGGACCGGGAUGUCGCCCGAACGCCGCCGCCAGUCCACGCUGCCCGCCCAGCGCACGCUAUUGCAGGAGCAUUACGGACCCCUCGACAUGGCGGAGGGCGAGCGUCUGCGGGUCCCUGUGGCUGGGGGAGGGAAACCCCGCAGCUUCACACUGCCACGUGACAGCGGCCUCCAUGCGCUCCUCUCUCCUUCCACCAACAUGUUAGAGCAGCGAGAUCCUCCACACAGAGGGGACGGCGGGGUGAAUGAGAGGGAGAACGAGAGUCAGUGCCACGCCGACUCUCUGGGAGACCUGUACCGGGCGCUCGAACGCGCCAGCGUGUCUCCUUUGGGCGCGCCGCGUCUCUCCACCCGUCUCGAGCUCAAGCACUCGUUUGUGCGCCGCUGCAACGACCCGCUGCUCAACGAUAAAGUGCACCGCCUGCGCAUCCUGCAGAGCACGCUCAAGGACAGAGAAGGCGAGAUAGCCCUGAUUGACAAGCUGCUGGACAAACCCAAGCUCACAUCCUCCGACUUCCAGGAGUGGAAGAAAAUGUACGUGGAGCUUUUCUCAUCCGAGGACACGAAGAAGGAACGCCAGCCGAGUCCACUGUCAGAGACGAGCCCCGCCUCCACUCCUGAUCCCACGCCUCGCACACCGUCGCUCUCACAUACACACUCCUACAUCGAGACUCAUGUCUGAGUCACACACACACACACACACACACACACACACACACACACACACACACACACACACACACACACACACACACACACAUGGUUUCAGGUUCUCAGGACCUACAGUAGGAUUAUUGGAAGGAAAACUCCACCUCCCUGCGCUCACACUCCCAAACUCACUGAUAUAACGCAGGUCUAAGGGCAGUUGUUGAAGUUGGUAGUCGUGUGUCUCUGGUGGUGUAACGAUACUUCAAACAAAAGAUCUUGGAUCUUCUUAGUUUCAUUCUUACACCUUUUCUCUUUUAUAGUCACGUAUCAUAAAGCUUCAGUGACAGACAUCAACAUCUGCCCUUAGACGUCUAUGAUAUGUAUGUUUGGUUGUAAACUUAUUCAUGUAGUUUUUCGUAGAGAAGCUUGUGAGAACAAAUACAAUACAAAGAAAAAACAUGUUUACUCUAAUAGACAUACAUGGUUUGUGUUAAAACCACAAGCCUUGACUUGAAACACUGGAUUUGUAAACACCGCUUACUGGUUCUGACUAGCGCGGAUUAACACUGAGUCGCUAACACACGAGACGGACAUCAGACGCUGCACGCGGUGGAUGGAUUGCACAAAUUUGGACACUGGAACCCAAACCAGAAUUUUUUUGUGUGGCAAAGGAAAAAACAGACAUCAUAAUAUCAUUUUUGUAUUUUUUUUUUUUUUGUGAAUAAGUUUCUAUUCUGAACUUCCCAUGAGACUCAACACUGCAUCAUCACGCCUUCUGAUUACAUCCCCGAAAGUCCAGACCGGUUUAAUAAAUAGCGAGCUGUAAUAUCACUAAGCUCGAUAACUGAACUGGUACUUAAAAUUUGUUAAUAUUUUAGUAAAUAUUGGGUAAUUUCAACUGGAAAGUCUUGCACUAGUGACAGAAACACUGGUCUUUGUUUAUCACUUUGUUCAAAAAGCUGUAUAUUAUUGUUUUCACCACUAAAAUGAAUCAAAAAUUUAUCUAUAUACACAUUACAAUCCCAAAAGUAUUUUCCAGCUAGAUGUGGUUCUUAUUCCUUCAAACUUGGAGACACACAAUCGUAUUGAACGUCUUUGGAUGCAAUAACAUGAAAUUUUGCUGUCAUUUAAACUAGAAGAUCCAAACCUGUUCCAGCUUCAUGAAGAUCUGCUUUCCAUGGGUUAGAAGUGCAUGAAAGAUCUCCUAUUAUAGAGCUCCAACUCUAUUGGGAUGAACGUGAACGCUGACUGCACUCCAGGAACCUCCUCACCUUCUCAUCUACAUCAGCACCUUUUCGUUUUACUAACACCCUUGUAGCUGAACGAAUCUCCAGAAAAAUGCUCAGAGAUUAAUCAAAUUGCAAAAUACAACACAGCACUCGUUAAAAUAACGAUUUAUACCCUGAAUAUCUCAGAAUUCCCACGUUCCAUCUGCAGAACUUUUGGUGCAGAUAAAAUAGGUGUAGAACAUAUCUAAAGAUCUACAUGCCUAAAAGGCUCCACAGUGAGGAGAUCAACUUCAAUUCUAUUUGUAUAGCGGACUUUCUUCCAGUCACACCUGCACGUAGACUUCGCUGGCCGAAGCCUGUGAUUUCACCAUGCGUGGGUUUUGAUAGACAAUUUGGUUCUGCAGAAAGACUCUGGAGAGAGAGAGAGAAAGAGAGAGAGAGAGAUUUCUUUUUUUCCCCAACGCCUCCAGCUGAAAUGAGAAACGACUCUAUAAAAAUGUAAAGUAGUUUAUAAACACGAGGCACGAUUCCUGCACAGGGACUACAGUGAUGUGGAUUACUUCAGCUCAAUCUUACAACAAAAAAAACCUCCCAGUUUCGCCAGGACCACUUCCUCUCCACCUGCUGUGACUCUGUAUUCUAAUGAGCUUCAUGAAUAAUUCAUGACAUGUUUGUGGCUUCGUCCAAUCCCAACACAGAAAAAAAGAUACGCACGAAUGUCAUAAUGCAAGAAAAAAUUCAGGACGUUUUCGAGCUAUAAGCGGUACGAGUGCGCGCUCUCGAGCCGCCGAUUCUUUACAAAUAUAUUAAUAUUAAAUUAUUUUUUUUAUCAAUUACUCAAUAUAAUUAUAAGUAAUUAGUAAAAAAAAAACAUACAUCCACUGAGUAAAAUUAUAACAUUAUUUAUAAAUACAUUUAAUUAAUAACAUUCAUUAAUUAAUAAAAUUUCCUGAAAAAUAAUUUAGUUAAUUGAUAAAACUUUAUUCUCACAAUCAUCCAGCUUUGUUUGUAAAUAUAAAUAUUUAUAUCUUAUAUUCUUAUACUGCAUGACUACAGUUUAUACAAUUUUUGUUUGUGUUUUUUUUUGCUGGAUGAAAUCUUACGUUCCGGACUUGAAGCAAUUGAACUGAAGCACUCUGAGGUCUUUACAUUUUGUAUAUUUUUUUUCCUGAAUGUCCUGAUUAGAGAUGAAUGUAAGACAAGAUGGGGUGUGUGUGUGUGUGUGUGUGUGUGUGUGUGUUAUAAUGUAAAUUAUGGAAGCACAAUGAAGUAGAACAGGAUGAAUGUUCUUCGAUACUUGAUUUGAUCAUGUGACUAUCAUAUAUGAAAUGUAUCUCCAUUAUCACUCUGUAGAUUACGAUCAAACUCGGCACAACGUUUGCUUGUCGGAAAGGACCGGAUUUACUAGAUUGGAUUUUAUUGCACCUGCCUGUUUUUUUAUUCAAUGAACUUUUUGCAAUGGUGACAAUGUUCUGAAAAAAAAAACCUCAAGGCCGAUAUGAAGUGAAACCGCAUCCUGAUGAUCUACGGAUAACAAUCUGUUUAAAUUAGGCAUGGUGUUCGGGAAAUGCCGUGAGCACGUGUUGUGUUUAGCUUAAUACCUGGCAACAUUUAUUUAUCAUUUCAUCAUUUAUUUAGAAUAAAAUCUCCAGUUUUGAGGUUCACGUGGUUGAAGUCAAUAAAACUUUAAAAC